AUGCAUACCUCAACAUUGCUCUUAGUCCUCUCCUCGCUUGGUGCUCAAGCAAUUCCUCUCCUCCGUCCUAAGGCAAAUGAUAUCCUCGCGCGCAGGGAGGUGCCAUACUCUGUUGUGAAUGUUGGCGGCCAACCUAGCGCCGAAGCGACCCCCGUCGUUGAAACUGUCACUGUCGGCUCUCCUCCACAGACUCCGGUGACAAUCACUAUCACCCACACUCCAUCAUCGUCCCCUUCUAGCACUCCUUCUCCCUCGUCUUGGAGCGCCGGGCCAUUGCCAACUGGCAUUCCCAGCGGAGAGUCCCCGGUCGUGGCUCGAGGACUGAACGCCACUGCCCGGAGAGUCCGGAGGUCUUCCUCGGCGAACAGCACUGAGGUUCAUGAUCUUGCUGCUCGUCACAAUGGCACUGUGUCUCACCUUGACAGUCGAAGCAACAACACUGCCUCUUUGGUUUCUCGCAGUAAUAGCACAGAAUCUAAGCUCACUGCUCGGAGCAACAGUACUACCAUCCUCACUGCCCGUGGAAACAGCACAGAGUUCAAGAUUGCCGCUCGGGGCAACGGUACUGCUUCUGGUCUGGGUGCUCGCAGCAACAUUGUCAACUCUCGCCUGGCGGCCCGCACCAAUAACACCGCCUCUGCUGUUGUCGCUCGCAGCAACAGCACCGAGGCCAACACCAUCACGGCGCGCAGCAACAGCACCAACUCCCACAUCAAGGCUCGUGGCUUGAACCUCACUGAUCGUGCUGUUCUUUACCUUCGUGAUGCCCUCAACUCCACCCGCGUACAUGACAGCAAUGCUGUGGCGAAGAGGAGCUCGAACGGCACAUCGCUUGACGCUUAA